CUAGAAAAUGAGAAAAUCAGUGUGUCAAAUGGCCGAUCUGCAUCUGUAACUUCAAAUGAAAUCAAUGGAACUACGCCAUCAACACAAACGUCGUCUUCUCCAGUAGAUUAUCCUAAUGAAAAUAUUACUUUGAAUGGUAUAUCUAAUAAUAUUAAUAACGGUUCCACAUAUUCUGAUGAAUCUACGAUCAACAAUACAUCAUCUAUUGGAACAAAUGGGCUGAAUAAUAAUUCAAAUACGAAUUUACAAAGACAACUUUUUGUUGGAAAUGAUCUAUUUCGAAAAGCGGGGACGGUGUUGCGUGCAGAUGUUGCAAUGGGUUGUGACAAUCGAUCUAAAGGUCAUGGGACUGUACUAUUUGGAAGUUUGGAAGAUGCGAAAAAUGCAAUUGGUCGUAACCUUGAAGUACGUGAAGACCGAGGCUUCGUAGAUUCAAACGGAGUUAAUAAUCAGCAUAAUCAUAACUCAAAUCCUCAGAAAAUUCAUCAGGAGACUCGCCAGAUGGUUGAUCCGGUUCAAAAUCCCAGCCACGCACAAGCUCCAUACGUACCAAAUGCUCAAAUUGUUUGCCCGACAGGAAUUUUCUUUCCCACCAGAGGAAUUCAUGUACCACAAUCAAACUUUGCUGGGAGAUUACUUUUUGUCGGAAAUUUGCCUUUUAACUGUCAAUGGCAAGAUUUAAAAGAUCUCUUUCGUAACGCUGGUAAUAUCAUUCGAGCUGAUGUUUCAACAAAUUAUGAUGGGCGAAGUCGAGGUUUUGGAACUGUGUUAUUUGCAACACCAGAAGAUGCUAGAAAUGCUGUUGGAAUGUACAAUGGUUACGAAUUUCAAGGAAGAACCAUUGCCCAUCAUCAUAAUUAUCAUAUUGGUCCACCGCCAAUUCCACAUCCACCUUUCAUUCCUCCAACGCACAUAGGUCCUUUUUCACCGCCGUUAGCCACACCGCCUCUAACAAGUCCGCCCCCUUUUCCUACAACGUAUAAUCCAUUGGCACAUAUUAACAGUCAACCAAAUACAAAUUCAAAUAGUUCUGCACCUUUUCACCCAAUUCCUAUUCAUCAUGGCAUGGGAGCAACUUCUCAGCAAUCAUCUAGUCAGCCUCAAAACAUUCCUCAAGAUCAAGCGACUGCAACGACUGCUUCUCAAUUUAAUGGUUUUGGUCCGAUUGGAAAAACUAAUCACUCACCACAACCAAAUACUUCAUCAUCAUCAAUCUCAAAUUUAGGAGCUAUAGGUUUCCACGGGACUUCAAGUACGGCAAAUGGAAUAGUUGUCACAAAUGGGACAGAUAAUAAUUAUGGGACCGGGAAUGAUAAU